AUGGGCGCCCCCACCAAGCCUCAUGGGGCCCCCACCAAGCCUCAUGGGGCCCCCACCAAGCCUCAUGGGGCCCCCACCAAGCCUCAUGGGGCCCCCAUCAAGCCUCAUGGGGCCCCCACCAAGCCUCAUGGCCCCCCACCAAGCCUCAUGGGCCACCACCAAGCCUCAUGGGCCCCCACCAAGCCUCAUGGGCCCCCACCAAGCCUCAUGGGCCCCACCAAGCCUCAUGGGGCCCCACCAAGCCUCAUGGGGUCCCCACCAAGCCUCAUGGGGCCCCCACCAAGCCUCAUGGGGCCCCCACCAAGCCUCAUGGGCCCCAUCAAACUGGCACUGUCAGAAGACGUGAGCAGUGUUUGUUGUCAUGGCCGAGGAGCCGGCACAAGAGUGCUCAAGAGAUAA